AUUGUGGGACAGCGGUGGGUGGUUGGCUUCCGCCGGGUCCGCCGCGUCGGGCUUUCGGAGAGAUUGGUGUCCAGCCUUCCGUGUCCGUGCUCGUUUCUGAGUCUCUGGCAAGUCACCCGCAGGCUGCCGCCAGGAUGUCGGGCGUGCGAGCUGUGCGCAUCAGCAUCGAGUCGGCCUGCGAGAAGCAGGUGCAGGAGGUGGGCCUUGAUGGCACCGAGACGUACCUGCAGCCGCUGUCUAUGUCGCAGAACCUGGCGCGUCUGGCGCAGCGCAUCGACUUCAGCCAGGGCUCCGGCUCCGAGGAGGAGGAGGCGGCGGGGCCUGACGGCGACGCGCCGGACUGGGCGGGCGCGGGGGCCGACCAGGACGACGAAGAGGGGUUGGUAAAAUUCCAACCUUCUCUGUGGCCUUGGGACUCUGUGAGGAACAAUUUGCGAAGUGCCCUUACAGAGAUGUGUGUUCUCUAUGAUGUCCUCAGUAUUGUCAGGGACAAAAAGUUCAUGACUCUGGACCCCGUCUCUCAGGAUGCGCUUCCUCCCAAACAGAGCCCACAGACGCUGCAGCUGAUCUCUAAGAAGAAGUCCCUUGCUGGAGCAGCUCAGAUCCUAUUGAAGGGGGCGGAAAGACUGACCAAGUCGGUGACUGAGAACCAGGAAAACAAGCUUCAGCGAGACUUCAAUUCUGAGCUCUUGAGACUACGGCAACACUGGAAACUGAGGAAGGUGGGAGACAAGAUCCUGGGUGACCUAAGCUACAGAAGUGCAGGCUCUCUUUUUCCCCACCAUGGUACCUUUGAAGUGAUAAAGAAUACAGACAUUGACUUGGAUAAAAAGAUACCAGAAGAUUACUGUCCUCUAGAUGUCCAGAUUCCUAGUGACUUAGAGGGGUCUGCAUAUAUCAAGGUUUCUAUUCAGAAACAGGCUCCAGACAUUGGUGAUCUUGGUACAGUUAACCUUUUUAAGAGACCUUUGCCCAAAUCCAAGCCAGGUUCCCCACACUGGCAGACAAAAUUAGAAGCAGCACAAAAUGUUCUUCUUUGUAAGGAAAUUUUUGCACAGCUCUCUCGGGAAGCCGUUCAGAUUAAGUCUCAGAUCCCUCACAUUGUGGUGAAAAACCAGAUCAUCUCUCAGCCCUUUCCAAGCUUGCAGUUGUCUAUUUCUCUGUGCCACUCCUCAGAUGAUAAGAAGUCCCAGAAAUGUGCCCCAGAGAAGCCUGGUCAGGAGGGUCACCUCUACGUCCUGGAGCACAACUUGCACCUGCUGAUCAGAGAGUUUCAUAAACAGACCUUGAGCUCCAUCGUGAUGCCACACCCAGCGAGUGCUCCUUUUGGGCACAAGAGAAUGAGACUCUCAGGUCCUCAAGCUUUUGAUAAGAAUGAAAUUAAUUCAAUACAGUCCACAGAAGGACUCCUAGAAAAAAUAAUUAAACAAGCAAAGCAUAUUUUUCUAAGGAGCAGAACUGCUGCGACCAUUGACAGCUUGGCAAGUCGCAUUGAGGACCCCCAGAUCCAGGCCCACUGGUCGAACAUCAACGAUGUGUAUGAGUCUAGUGUAAAAGUUUUAAUCACAUCGCAGGGUUAUGAACAGAUCUGCAAGUCCAUCCAGCUGCAGCUGAACAUUGGCGUUGAGCAGGUCCGUGUCGUGCACAGAGAUGGGCGGGUGAUCACGCUGUCUCACCAGGAACAGGAACUACAGGACUUCCUUCUGUCUCAGAUGUCCCAGCACCAGGUGCAUGCGGUUCAGCAGCUUGCCAAGGUCAUGGGCUGGCAGGUCCUCAGCUUCAGCAAUCACGUGGGACUCGGGCCCAUAGAGAGUAUUGGCAAUGCCUCCGCCAUCACAGUGGCCUCGCCAAGUGGUGACUAUGCUAUUUCAGUUCGUAACGGACCCGAGAGUGGCAGCAAGAUCAUGGUUCAGUUUCCCCGUAACCAGUGCAAAGACCUUCCGAAAAGUGAUGUUUUACAAGAUAGCAAGUGGAGCCAUCUCCGAGGACCGUUCAAGGAGGUUCAGUGGAACAAGAUGGAGGGCCGAAACUUCGUUUAUAAAAUGGAGCUGCUUAUGUCUGCCCUGAGUCCCUGUCUCCUGUGAUUUUCUCCAGAACAAGUUGCAGAAAUUCUGACCUGCGUGUUUGCAGAUCAGUUAUAAGCACAAGGGAGCGAUGGCCUCCGUAUGAGUACUGAGCACAGACUCGUGCACUGGCGCUCUAGCCUUUCGCGGGAGUCCUGUUUAAAAGUGACAUGUUUACCCUGCGUUUGAAUUCUCUCACGUUAUAAGUGACGAGUACUUUGGAAUGGAAAAAUGUAUGUACAGUUUUAGUAUGCAGUAUGGGGAGAUGUAAAAUAGUACAUUUUUAUACAGCUCACCUGAAAAUAUUACUAACUUAAGGGCUUGAAUUUGCUUUUUUUUAAAUUACAUCUUUAAUGUUAACAUAAACUUUGUGUUUAAAAAUCUCCAAGUAUUUUGUGAAUUUCUCAUAACCUAUAUGAGCUGCGUCUCAAAUCAGCCACUCCUGCUGUUUCUUUAAAAAUCACUGAAGACCGUCUUACAGCACAGAUUCACUGACCACACCAGGCCCUGUCCCUGAAGUUCACCGAGAUCACUCACAGGAGUAGUCUUCCCUAGCACCUGGGGCUCUCGGGGUGUGGGGACAUGAAGUGCCUUUGUAGCCAUCUUCUUCCUCACCUGGGUCAACAUGAAUGAACAGGGUAAGAACUUCCUCAAAAAGCAGUGGAAACCAAAAAAUGUACCAUGAUAGUCUGUUUUCCCUGUUAGUGCUCACUGUUUCUGGCUGUGUAGAAACUUCCACAGAGCCGCAUCUCGCUUGAAUUUUGACAAGCUGAGGUAAAUAUAAAGGAGAUGCACCAAGUGUGAUGGCUCAUGCCGGUGAUUGGAGGACUAGGGAGUUGAAGACAGGAAGACAAAGAGUUCAAGUUCAGCCUGAUCUGCAUGAGUUCCAGGCCAUCUGGGGCUACGUAGGGCGAGCCUUGUCUCAAAGUUUAAAGAUUUAUUUAUUUUAUGUAUAUAGUACACAAUAAUCUUUAGACACACCAGAAGGUAGAGCAUCAGAUCCCAUGACAGAUGGCUGUGAGCCACCAUUUGGUUGCUGGGAAUUGAACUGAGGACCUUGGGAAGAGCAGCCAGUGCUCUUAACCACUGCGCCAUCUCUCCAGUCCUCUAAGUUUAAAAGAAAAGAAAGGGGGUUUUAGUAAACAAACUGUAUUCAUACUAUGGGUUAUGUUUUCCAAGGAGGAAGAGUGAAAUUUAAUAGGGAGAGAUGUGAAGUGAGAGAAUGCAUCAGGAAAAGCAGACAGGCCAUGGGUACAGUGGCAUCCGUGGGCUGCCAUGUCGCCUAGCGGGAAAAUGCCUAGUAUGCUCCAGGAUUACAGAGAAGAGGGGCGGGUGCAUUCGGUUGUCAGAGUGUGUACUGUAAUGUAGAGACCUGUUUAUGUGUGUGUCCAGAAAGAUACUGUGCCCUCUGAGAAGUAAGGUUGAGGAGAGAGAACUUUCAGUGUAUUGGGUUCCUGUGUAUCUUUUGACUUUUCAAGAAGCAUUUUUUAUUUUUGCAAUUAGAGAUUCUUGAAAGGUAAGAGAAAUGAGGACUCCAGCUGUCCUUGAGGAUUGGCAGCUGAGAUGGUGGUCACAUGCAGAAGCACACACGUGGACAGUCCAUCCCUCUUCUGAGUGAAACUUGAUGUAGCUGUGGUAACAAUAGUUUCUCAGUUAACUCUAGAGGUGUUUGAUAUCAGGAAACAGCAUAAUAAGCCGAUCUGAUCCAUGAAUCUGGAGGGAAGAGCCUUUACUACCCUGGUAUCACUCAAGGCAACUGCGACUGAGACAGGUGCCUGAAGGUCACUUCAGGCUUUGAGUGUAAUUGGCCCCCAUAGACCCAUAGAGAGUGGCACCAUUAGGAGGUGUGGCCUUGCUGGAGGAAGUGAGUCACUGUGGGGGUGGGCCUUGAGGUCUCAUAUGCUCAUGGUACACCCAGUGUGGUACAGUUUCUCCUUGCUGCCUGCAGAUCAAGAAGUAGAACUGUAAACUCCACGUCCAACAUGUCUGCCCAUACGCUGCCAUGUUAUCCGCCAUGAUGAUACUGGACUAAACCUCUGAAAGUGUAAGCCAGCCCCACUCAGUGUUUUACUUCGUGGGAGUUGCCUUGGUCCUGCUGUUUCUUCACAGCAAUAGAAC